AUGAAGAACCUAUCUGUCAUCCUUGUGACCGCCAUUGCUUCUGUUGCUGUCCAGGGCGCAAAUCUUCAAAAGCCAAUCGAGCCGCCACUCCCCAAUGCCCUAAGAAGUCAAGGAUGUUUCAAAUCUGUCGGUGAACUAGUGGAUCCCAAGGGAUACCCAGCCACGAGGACGACGAGUGGAUAUUGCAAUGACAACGUUUGCAACAAGCUCAAUGCGACUGUGUUGGCUCUGAAGGGAGCGGUUUGCUAUUGCGGCUUCACAUACCCCCCUCUCAACACUCGCGUGGAUGACAGCAACUGCAACUAUGCGUGCCCCGGAUUCGGCGACGAGGCCUGCGGCGGCAUCGAAGCAGGCUCUUAUUACUCCGUUUUCAACAGGGGGAUUGAAAUGGAUGUCCCCUUUUACAACCCGCCUUCCUCGACGAGCUCGACAUCGAGCUCAGCUCCAACUGGUCCCACCCAAUCCCAAACCCCGACCGAUAAGGCAGAUGAAAAGAAGGCGAAUAUUGGCGGGAUCGUGGGCGGCGUCGUGGUGGCGGUUGUUGCCGUUGCUGGUGCCAUUGGAGGUGUUUUCUUCUAUCUCCGCCGAAAGAGGAAUAAGGAGAUCGAGGAGGAACACCGUCGUAACGCCGCCGUCAACUCUUUCAUCGGCCAUAAGCCCCCCGGCAGCAGUGGCGGUCUCUCGAUUACCGACGCACGCCUCGAUCCUGUCAUGGCCCAGCGCCGGCUCUCUGACGGAAGCAUUGCUGACAACCACGACUACUCGAGAAAGAUUCUUCGUGUUACCAACGCGUAA